AUGACCAACUCCACGGCAAAUCUCGAUAUUGUCAUGCCUGAACCGCGGAACGUGCAAGAACUGGUGAAUCUGGUUCAAACAACGAUUACUCAAAUUCAAGAUAAGUUUGAACAAAUGAGCACUUCAAUUAUGGGCAAAAUCAACGAUGUCGGUCAAAAAAUCGAUGGUCUCGAACGUAAUGUCUCGGAUGUUAUUUCGAAGAGAAAUGCUGAAUUAGCAUAG